ACGUCGUAAUAACCACGACGACCAGUAGGUCGUGGAGGCGUUGGUCGUGGUAAUAACAUAUAACAUUUAACUCGGAACAUGGCAGACAGUUCUGAUGGGGAUGCUUGUGUUGCGUUUAAAAGUGGAUUGAGAAAACGCAAGUGUUUCAGGGAACGCAAGUCUUCGGUUGAGGAUGGCUCGGGAAGCGAUGGAGAAGAUGAUAUUUCGAGGGAAAUCCUUCAAGACACCAAGGAGAUCCAAAAACUUCGUAAGCGGCCCAAUGGUGUCAGCGUCAUAGGCCUCAACUUGGGCAAAAAGCUCACUGCCAAGGAGGAACUUGUGAUCGAUGACCCUUUCAAGUUAAAGACUGGUGGCAUGAUUGACAUGAAGGCUCUCAAAGGGAAGAGGGUCACCAUGGAGGAAUUGGAUGCUGUCAACUUGGGCAACACUUUCUCAGUGGAGACGAACCAGCGGGAUGAAGAUGCUGACAUGAUGAAGUACAUUGAAGAAGAACUAGCCAAACGCCGUGGUCGGGUCCAAGAGCCCCAGCCACAGCCACAGUAAGUUUGGG